ACACUUUCCUCAUAAAAUCCUCAACCAACCCACAAAGCCUCUCUCUCUCUAAACCAGAAACAUGGAUGUUUCAGCGAGAAAACCUUAUUUCAUCGAAGAAGAUGAUGAUCUGGCUUCUUCCUUAUCGGAGAUGGAAGCUGGGUUUUCUGGUGGAAACUUACAAAACGGUGUCGUUUCACGUCCUCUUUCUUACUCUAGUCUCAGGAACACGAACUUUUGUCACAAUAAUACCUACACUCAUGGUUAUUAUUACCAUCAAUACUCUGUUUCGUCUCCGAGAUCUGUCGUUUCCCGAAGAUUCCAUGAUUUCAGAUUAGACAAUCAACAGCCUCAUUACUUGGAUUCGUGUUUCCUCUGUAAGAAGCCACUUCAUAACAGAGAUAUCUACAUGUACAGAGGAGACACACCGUUUUGUAGUGAAGAGUGUAGACAAGAACAGAUAGAGAGAGAUGAAGAAGAAGAGAAGAAAAAGAAUCUGUCUUAUUCAGUGAAAUCAGCAAUGAGGAGAAAAGAACAAAGAAGCUCUUCUUCUUCUCUGACUAGAUCUGGUGGCUAUGCUAUUCACAACGGUCCUGUUGCUGCAGCUUGAAGUUCCGAAUCUGAUGAUGAGUUUGGGAACUAUAAUAAAUAAAAAUAUAAUUAGGUUAAAGAAACAAAAGAAGCGAGAAUGUGGCUUAACGUUGUUUGGAAGCUGGUCUUUGGAUCUUCUUUUGAUCUUUUUUUAAAUCUAAAAGAUCAGUUCACUUUCACUUGAAGUUUUCAAGGAAAGGAGAAAGCUAAAGAUCCUUUUAAGUUUUAACUCCUUUUUUCUUUCUUUUUUAACCUAAGAAAUGUGUUGGGAGUAUGAGAAGAGAGAAAUUGUAAAUGCCUGUAUGAAUUAGCGUCCAUGGCAUGCCUUGAGUAAA